CCCACGGGGCGGCCCGCGUCACGCAGCCCCCUCCCGCUCCCGCCCCCCAGGGACAUAAGCCCCAUGCUGAAGGACCCGCAGGCGUUCAGAGCCGCGAUCGACCUGCUGGAGUCCCACAUCCAGGCCUCCCACCAGAACAUCGACUACAUCGCAGGCCUCGAUUCCCGCGGCUUCCUCUUUGGGCCCGUGUUGGCCCAGCGGCUGGGAGUUGGAUUCCUGCUGAUCCGCAAGAAAGGGAAGCUCCCGGGGUCCACGGAAUCCAUGUCCUACGCUCUGGAGUAUGGCAAGGCAGAACUGGAAGUCCAGAAGGACGCGGUGAAGCCAGGCCAGAGAGUCAUCAUAGUCGACGACCUGCUUGCCACGGGAGGUACCAUGCGAGCUGCCUGUGAGCUGAUGACGAAGCUGCAAGCCGACAUCCUGGAUUGCUUGGUGCUCAUCGAGCUGACAUUCCUCAAAGGGGCAGAGGCACUCAAACCCUUCCCUCUCUACUCACUAUUGCAAUAUGACUGAUGCCUGGAGAAGCUGCUCCUUUGGUUAGUUCUGUCCCGCUGCCCAGUUUCCAGUGUAGCUUUUCUCACUCCUGCCCCCCUCCUAUAAUUGGCCCUGAACUGUAACUGGGGGCGCCCAGUUUUUGCUGUACCACGCUUUGAAAUCACUUGAUGAUUCACCCAUCAAGGGCCAAGCGGGCCUUGAACUUCCCAAGAGAAGCGGGGGCUUGCCACUCCCGCACAGGUUGCUCAAACCUUGAGCAAUCGGGGCACGCUGUGCAGUUACGUGGUUAAAAAGCACGCCAGGUAAUUUAAAUAUGCUCUGAAGCCUGAGUCAUUGGCAGCCAAAGGUCUUUUGCAAUAGAGCCCCACCACACAGGGUUAUGGCUGGGGCACGCAUGGAUCUGUCCCUAGAAAUUAUCAUGCAGACUCUGAUGCUCAUCUCAGAUGAAUUAAUGUUUCCUUCCUCCUCUUCCAGAAGCUAAAGAGAACAAGGGAAAUGGGAUGGGCAAACUGCUUUCAUAAAGCCAGUAUGCAGGGUCUUAAGCAACCCAACCACAAAACCGUUUUGAGUUUGACUUCACUCCUAAUCCCCCACAAGUUCGCUCCUGCAAAUGUUCCUGGCCACUCCGUUUUGACAAAGCCAGCUAGAACAGGGGCUAUGCGUGUCCACACAUGUUGUUUGGGUUACUUACCAGGCAAGAAGGUGCUUUUUCCUAGUUCCCCUGCAGGGGUAGAAUUAGGCUGUAGCUAGAGAGUCCCCCGCUCGGCUACCCUGGAAAUCACCCCAUGAGCAAACACUUCUCUCUGUGUAAAGACGUGACGAUCUGCUAUUAAAUGUACAGUGCCCUUGCACCUUU